GUCAAAUUCGCUCCGAGGCGCGGUUAAAACGGGUUUCUUAAAAUAGAAAGCUGCAGCAAGCGACUGUUUUCAUUAAAACACCGCGGCCUUGCUUUAAGUUUUACAUUUAAGACCAUAUUUAAAAAAAGUCAGAUGGAAAGCCGAAAGCGCUCGAGAGUCGAAAACUCGUUCGCCGGAGGUGUUUAUAAAACCCCGGAGAAAAAGGUAUCAAACAUGAUAGUUGGGCCGAGCUGUGACUAUCGUGACUGGGGAGUCGAAGAAGUCUGCGGCUAUCUGCGGCUUAUGGGGUACGGGGAGUGGCAGCAGCGAUUCAGAGAUGAACAGAUUACAGGAGUGGGACUGCCCUACCUUACAGAGUCUCACCUGGAGAAAAUGGGAAUUCGCCCGCUUGGGGUCCAGUUGGAACUUCUUCACUGCUUUAGGAAGCUGUGGUUGUGCUCUUCGGUUGAAAAAAUAAAGAUAUUCAAUGAUCCCAUCCAUGGGCACAUUGAGCUGCACCCCUUGCUUGUUCGUAUAAUAGACACCCCUCAGUUCCAGCGGCUCCACUACAUCAAGCAGCUCGGGGGAGCCUUCUUCGUGUUUCCUGGAGCUUCCCACAACCGGUUUGAGCACUCCAUUGGGGUGGGUUACCUGGCGGGAAGGCUGGUCCAGGUGUUACAUGAGCGUCAGCCUGAGCUGCAGAUCACCCAGAGGGACAUGCUGUGUGUGCAGAUCGCAGGACUGUGUCACGAUCUGGGUCACGGUCCUUUUUCGCACAUGUUUGAUGGAAAGUUCAUCCCAAAAGCUUGUCCAAAGCUUGACUGGAAGCAUGAGACGGCAUCACUGCAGAUGUUUGAUCACCUCAUCUCUGUCAAUGGGCUGGAGUCUGUGAUGGUAGAGCAUGGCCUGGAGCUUCCAGAGGACCUUCAUUUCAUCAAAGAGCAGAUUGCAGGGCCUACCUGCAUACCUGAAGGAGACAGCCAGGAGACGACUUCCUGGCCAUAUAAAGGACGGACAGAAGCCAAAGGUUUCCUGUACGAGAUCGUGGCUAACAAGAGAAACGGUAUAGAUGUGGACAAAUGGGAUUACUUUGCAAGGGACUGCCACCACCUUGGCAUCCAAAACAACUUCGACUACAGACGCUUCCUCAAGUUCGCUCGUGUUUGUGAAGUCGGGACAAAGAAACACAUUUGCACGAGAGAGAAGGAAGCUGGGAAUCUGUAUGAUAUGUUUCACACGCGGAACUGCCUCCACCGUAGAGCCUAUCAGCACAAGGUUGGGAAUAUCAUUGAAACAAUGAUUACUGAAGCUCUCCUGAAGGCAGAUCCCUACAUUCAGAUUGAAGGAUCACAUGGAAAGAAGUAUGCAAUCUCCACAGCUAUUCAAGAUAUGGAGGCUUACACCAAGCUUACAGAUCACAUCUUCCAGCAGAUCUUGUAUUCCAGCACCCCAGAGCUGGCAGAGGCCCGUGAAAUUCUCAAUAACGUUAUUUGCCGUAAACUCUACAAAUGUGUUGGGCAAACCCAGCCCAAAUGCAAAACAAAGAUUUCAAACGAUCAACUUGACGUUUUGGCCAGUGAGGUCGCUCAAGCUUGCCCACAGAGCUCUACAGAUGUGAAGCUGCAAGCAGAGGAUUUCAUUGUCAAUAUCAUUUACAUGGACUAUGGAAUGAAGGAGAAGAACCCCAUAAAUAACAUGCGCUUCUACUGCAAGAACGACCCCCGAAAGGCAAUUCGGAUUCGCAGAGAUCAGGUGUCUCAGCUACUGCCAGAGAAGUUUGCAGAGCAGCUGAUCCGGGUGUACUGCAAGAAAAUGGACAAGCAGAGUGUUGAGGCUGCCAAGAAAUACUUUGUGCAGUGGUGUAUAAACCGGGACUUCACCAAGCCACAGGAUGGGGAUAUUAGCGCUCCAGAGCUGACGCCACUGAAAGCCAGCUGGAUUGAUGAGAGUGACUCGGAGGAUGACUGCCAAGGUCCUCCCAAUGGGACACUAGCCACUGUCAAACCAAGAAUCAGGCUCUUCCAAAAGGAACGCCCUAGUGUUAAUGGGAAAGGAGGAACAAAGUACAGUUCAGCAUGAGCGACAGCACUUAAACAAGCUCUUUUUUGGGGGUGGAGAGGAGAGAAACAAGAUGAUACAAUCAUAAUAAUUGCUAAUAAUAAUGUUAAUGCUGGCAGACAUUCACAGUGUUGCAAGAGUGAGGCAAAGCUGUUUUUAUUGCACUGUACUUGAGUCAGCUGUGACAUGCUUUUUUAGAAGUCAUAGUUUAAAUUUAAUUACAAAAUGUGUGUAGGACUUUUUUUUUUCCUAG